UGACCGCCUUUGGGUCUGCGAUCUCGGGCUCUGUCUCCGAAACGGAAGUCUUUAGGAAGCUCGGGGUGUGGGAGGAUCUGUGUUCAGGGGCGCGUCCCUCCCUGCCAGUAUCUUUUAGGCAGGCGUUGAGCUCAGAUGCUAAGGUGGUGGAUGGCUGGAGCAGGUGCGGAGGAGCUGCGGCUGGGGAGACCAAAACGCUGCACGAUUCACCUUGGAAUCCUUCCCCUUAUAGUGUUUGCCUUGGUCUUCUUUGGCUAUGGAUUCGGGAGCCACAGAAGCCAGGAAUUGGGAGACUCAGAAGCUGUGACGAGGAUGGUCUAUGCCCAGCCAAAGGUGCUAACACCCAGCAGGAAAGACGUUCUUGUCUUGACUCCUUGGCUGGCUCCCAUCAUCUGGGAAGGGACCUUCAACAUUGACAUUCUGAACGAGCAGUUCAGGCUUCAGAACACCACAGUUGGACUGACCGUGUUUGCCAUCAAAAAGUACGUGGUGUUCCUGAAGCUGUUCCUGGAGACCGCAGAGCAGCAGUUCAUGGUGGGACACAAGGUCAUCUACUAUGUCUUUACUGACUGUCCAGCCGAUGUGCCUCAGGUGCCCCUGGGAGCAGGACGGAAGCUGGUGGUGCUAACUGUGCGCAACUACACCCGCUGGCAGGAUGUGUCCAUGCACAGGAUGGAAAUGAUCAGCCGCUUCUCUGAGCAGCGCUUUCUGCAUGAGGUGGACUACCUGGUGUGUGCAGAUGUGGACAUGAAGUUCAGUGACCACGUGGGAGUGGAGAUUCUCUCAGCACUCUUCGGUACCCUGCAUCCUGGCUUCUACAGUAGCAGCCGAGAGGCCUUUACCUAUGAGCGCCGGCCGGAAUCCCAGGCCUACAUCCCCUGGGAUGAGGGUGACUUUUACUACAUGGGGGCCUUUUUUGGGGGUUCAGUGGUGGAGGUGUACCAUCUCACCAAGGCCUGUCAUCAGGCUAUUGUGCAGGACAUGGCCAAUGGCAUCGAGGCCGUGUGGCAUGAUGAGAGCCAUCUGAACAAGUACCUGUUACACCACAAGCCAACAAAGGUGUUGUCCCCAGAGUACAUGUGGGACCAGCAGCUGCUGGGCUGGCCCUCCAUCAUGAAGAAGCUGAGAUACGUGGCUGUACCCAAGAACCAUCAGGCAAUCAGGAACUGAUAGCUGAGUUCCUAUAGGAAAGGCCAGACCUAUAUCCAGGGGCACUCCAGGCUGUAUGGGAUUGGAAGGAUCUGAAGUGUCACCUUCUACCCCACCUCAGCCUCCAGCAGCCCUGGUACCAACCACUUGGUUUACCACACACUGAGCCCCUGGAGUGAUAGCCACCUUCAGCUCCCACUGUGUCCCUGUGCUCCUAUUCAGUGAGAUGGUAGCAGGAGCCUCCAGAACAUGGGAGAAACUCUGUCCUGCAUUUACCUGAGGGCCUGGGCACCCUAUCUCCACUUGUCCCUUCCUCUGCUAGGAGGCUUGACAGCUGGCCAGUAUUAAGUAUUAGAUUUCUGGUUGUUGGGUUCCUCCACCGCUGAUGCAAUAAGCCAAACCAAAUCAAAUGAAUAAACCCAGGUCUAAUGAA